AUGGCGCGUACCAAGCAAACUGCCCGCAAGUCGACCGGAGGAAAGGCUCCCCGUAAGCAGCUGGCCACCAAGGCUGCCCGCAAGAGCGCACCGGCUACCGGUGGCGUGAAGAAGCCUCACCGUUACCGUCCCGGUACGGUGGCUCUGCGUGAGAUCCGUCGUUACCAGAAGUCGACCGAGUUGCUGAUCCGCAAGCUGCCCUUCCAGCGUCUGGUGCGCGAAAUCGCGCAGGAUUUCAAGACCGAUCUCCGUUUCCAGAGCUCCGCUGUAAUGGCACUGCAGGAGGCUAGCGAAGCAUACCUCGUCGGUCUGUUUGAGGACACCAACCUAUGCGCCAUCCAUGCUAAGCGUGUGACCAUCAUGCCAAAGGACAUCCAGCUGGCUCGUCGUAUCCGUGGCGAACGCGCUUAAGCA